AAAUUGAAAAACAAAAACUUACAAAACAACUUCUGCUGCUGGCUUGUUCCCGAGAGAGGGAAAGAGAGCUACUUAACACUUCUCUGCAACCUUGUAUCGGAAUCCUAUUUCGAAGUUCAUCAACUUCGGUCCAAACGGCAGGUGGAGAUUGAAUCUUUUCUUCAUUCAAACUUGAGAGUUUUACUUCUCCUCCUUGUUUAUUCUCAAAGCUUGAAACGGGAUUUUGAUUUGGAAGUUGAGGUACCAAGUGAUGGAGAUGUUAUGAUGGCAAAGAGGAAGGCUGAAGAGCAUAUUGAAUCAGAAGGGAAAAGGAAAAAGAAAAAGAAAUUGGUUACUCCUCGUCCUGCAUGCUCAUGGGUGCAUUUUAGCCGAGAGUUUAUCAAGGAGUACAGUGCUUCACAUCCUGAGUCCUCUGGCCUUAAAGCUGCCACAAAGGCAGCAUCAGAUGCUUGGAAGUCAAUGAGCUUGGAGGAGAAAGCAACAUAUACUAGGCGUGCUCGUGAAGUGUGGGAUAAUUAUUUGAGUACAGCUCCUGCUCGUGCCCCCAAGCCAAGGAAACAGACUAAGCUAGUCACAAGAUGCUCUCCCGGACGCUUAUUUAAUGUGCUGCAGCACCUUACGACAGAGCAAAAGGAUGCUGUGAAAAGCAUGGGAUUUGGCAGCCUUCUUGGCCUUAGAUGCCGCACACUGCGCCGAAGCUUAUGCCUUUGGCUAUUGCAAAGGUUUAAUACUUCAGGCCGUAGCUUGGAGAUCUGUGGUAAGCGCAUUCCUAUAUCCCCAAAAGAUGUGGAGUUUGUGAUGGGAUUAGCUGCUAGUGGGAAGGAUGUUGUUAACUCGGGGCCUGAUGAUUUAAUUGCUGACCUACGUCGAAGCUAUAAUGCUACAAAUCGUGGGAUUUCAGUUCGCCUUUUGGAAGAGCGGCUGAAAGCUCCAGAAGCAGGAGAGGAAUUUAAAAGAUCUUUCGUCCUCUAUGCAUUGGGCACGCUUUUAUCCCCAACAGCAAGGCUGGAUGUUAGUCCUUCAUUUCUCCACUUCCUGAUAAACAUAGAUGUCAUCCAUCAGUAUAAUUGGGGAAACUUCUUACUUGACCGUCUUGUUCGGGAGGUAUCUCGCUUUCGCCAAGGGAAGCAGCGUGCAGUUGGUGGCUGUCUUUUGUUUCUUCAGCUCUUCUAUUAUGAGAGCGUCUCAGUCGAUGGACCUGCUGCUUUAGUCCCUACCCCGGUACCAUGUUUAUCUUCAUGGGGUGAGGAAGAGAUUACGGAAAGAGAAAAACGAGAAAGAGAUCUAGGUGGCUAUGGUUUUGGAGAGCUUGCUGCUCCUGUCCAGGUGAUAUGUAAGUAUAGUUGCACGAAUAUGGAGUCAUCAGAGUACAGGAACCAUAUUGAUGUCUCACCAACAUUGAAAACAAGCACUGGUGUUGCUCAUGGCUCUGUCUUUGAACAAGAAGGAGACAAGAUGUCUGUCUUUAUGCAGAUAAAAGUUGCAAACAAUCUCAUGACUAGCAGUAUAGCGUGCAGGGGAAUUGAUGCGACUGCUGAAUCAACAGGAAAACCAUGCCGAAAUAAGGAGUAUGGGUGUAAUGUAACUCUGGAUUAUAACAAUGAUCAUGAAGAAACAUGCAUCUUUUCACCUUGUGCUUGCCCUCUUCCAAACUGUAACUUCACCGGCUCAUCUGAGCAAUUGUCAUUACACUUCAGCAGCAAACAUUGGGAUUCUGGAAGGCGUUUCAGAUACAACAAUCCUUUGUCUGUCUCCUUGGGGAUAAAUGAACAGUUCCUUGUUCUUCAAGCCGAAGAAGAUGGUAUUCUUUUUCUCCUCAACAAGAGCAUCGAGAGUAUCGGGAAUAUGAUAAUGGUAACAUGUAUUGGACCAAGCUCAUCAAAGGAAAAGUUCUUGUAUGAUCUUGUGGCAGGUAGAGGAGUUAGCUCUCUUAGAUUAAAAUCAUUGGCAGAGUAUUUUCCUGGAAGGGUGGAAGGUUUUCCCCCUAUAGAUUUUCUUUUGAUUCCUUUUCGUUUCCUAGGUUAUUCUGGGCAGCUUGAAUUGGAGGUUUGUAUAUGGAAUUCAAAGGAAUCAGGUGCAGGUUGUUCUUAGGUGCUGUUAGAAUUAUUCAAUGUAAAUUAUGAUGGACGAUAACUGUAUUUGUUGUUUGUGGAAAAUAUAAACAAGUUCAUAUUUUUAUCCAA